AUGGAGGAAGGGGAUACCGGACGAUCGCGGGAGAGACCAGAUGGACCGGCCGCGGAACCACAAUCACCUAGCCGGAAUCGGGCUGCCAGCGAAGCAGAUUAUAUCUCACCCACCAGAAGAUCGGGAGCUGAUGAAGCCGCGAGUGGCACUGACUUUCGGCGCCGUAGCUCGGCGACCUCGAGGCGAAGCGGUGCCAGCGGAAUCCCUAGCCUUGCUCCCCGUACCACUCUCGCUCAGAGAACCCAGGGAAAAUUCACACUCGCUGGGCCAGAUGAAACUCCCCAGCUCCGGCUGGCCCAGGAGCCAUUUGUUCAACCAGGCUACGCCGACCUCAAUCCUUCCUAUGAGCAACCUUCCAACGUGAGGCCAGUGUGGUCUUUAGCCAAACCGCUGCCCCGUGUAGUGCGACCAGGCAUGGUGCCGACCAAGGAAGAGCUGCUACAAAGCCGGGCGAAUGCCCAGCAGCCGACUGAAAACUCGCAGAAGGUUGGUCUCGAGGUCGAUCCCAAUGAUCUGGAGCGCGGCCGAAUUGACAAGACAGCCGACCCGCGGAAAAUGGCGGCGCAGGUUGAGGAUGCUAGGUUGCAGCGCGAGCAAAACUUCAUGAACAAAAUCCUUAGCGGAGAUGCGACCUCUACGAGACAGGCUUCACGCAUGUCGCGUACUUCGUCAGUUUAUGGCAGGCGCCCUUCGGCCUGGGAUAUGCCCCAAGCGCCCCUGUCGGCAGUAGAUGAAGGAGGCUCCCAGGAGGAUGAUGAGCAUCGGCAACAGGUAAAUCGCAGUGAUGAACCGCUGCAACAGGAGCCAGAAGAGCACGAGCACGAACCCGACAGUGAAAGACUAGACAACAUCUUGAAUUCCGCCGAGCUGGAGAAGGGAGCUUUACCCGAAGAUCUGCAUCCGCUGGUCCAAGAUCUUGUCGAGGAUGAAGUACACAACAACCACACAACCUGGUCCGUCAUCCGUACGCAUCAUCGCGAGGCUCUGGCUGAAGCACUGGCUGUCUUUGUACAGCUCACUAUCGGUUUCUGUGCCGAUUUGUCCGUUACCGUCGCCAACCAGGGUAACCCUAACACGACCGCCUGGGCUUGGGGCCUGGCUACCAUGAUGGCUAUCCACAUUUCUGGUGGUGUUUCUGGUGCUCACCUCAAUCCAACCAUCACCAUGAUGCUCUGGUUCUUCCGUGGCUUCCCGAAGCGCAAGAUGCCCGAAUACUUCGCAGCUCAGUUCCUCGCCGCUUUCUGCGCUGGGCUUGCUGCUUACGGUGUCUACUAUCAUUCUAUUCAGAACUACCUCCUCCUCAACUCGGAGACUGGUAUAAUCACUAGCUUUGUGACCAGCCAGCGUGAAGCAUGGAUCGGUCCUGGGACGGCUUUCUUCAACGAGUUCGUCGGUACGGUCUGCCUAGUCGUCACUAUUUUGGCCCUUGGUGACGACCAAAACGCUCCUCCCGGCGCCGGUAUGAACUCGCUGAUCGUCGGUCUGGUCAUCACCUGCCUCAGUAUGACUUUCUCCUACCAGACCGGUGCUGCAUUCAACCCUAGCCGUGACUUUGGGCCCCGUCUUGCUCUUCUAGCUGUCGGCUUUCCCAGCGACCUGUUUACCAAUUCCUACUGGUUUUAUGGACCGUGGGUCGGGUCCCUGAGCGGUGCCUUUAUGGGUGCAUUCCUGUAUGACUUCUUCAUCUUCACCGGUGGCGAGUCCCCGAUCAACUACCCGCUUGAGCGAACUCAGCGGGCGAUGAAGAAAAGUGGGAGGAAGUGGAAACGUCGUCUGCAUCUUAAAGUAAACUGA